AUGGCUGGUGACAUUAUAGUUAGUGAGGUGGACGGUCCGCUGGACGUGGUCGGAUGCUUUGUUAGGAAAGAAGAUGGGCUCCAAGAGCAGAAACGACAAUUGGUGGUUGUUGGGCUGGAACGUGUCGAUGUAUAUGCAGGCGUGGAACAAGAUGAGCCCCGUAAAGUCUUAAGUUUCAGGACUGACGGGUGUACGGUGGCUGCUUUUUACUACAGAGAUCACUCCGUAGCAGACCAGCGGUUUUUUAUUUUGUUGAAGGCCACAGGACGACUUGAUUUCAUUGACCUGGAGUACAAACUGGUGAAGUCCCUGGAAACGGAGAUCGACCAGGUGAGAUCCGAGCCAAAGUUUCUGUUUCAAGACCCGCUGCGGCCAGCUUUGGUUUUCAACUUAUCUUGUACUGAAAUUUAUGAGAUUCCCACAGACGAUAUUCUUGGUGUAGUACAAGCCGACAUUAAGUUAAGCUAUAUCACCUCUUCGCCAAUAGUGUCCAUAGAUGCAUGCAUAAAUUUCAAUGAUAUCUUGGAUAAGGAUGCUUUUACGUUGUCCAUUCUCACACAUGCAUAUGGUGCCAACGAGUACAAUUUAGAGGCCUGUGUAUGCGUAUUCGAGCCUAAGCCAGCUAAAACUGUCAAGUGGAAAAGAACAACCAAUGUGUCCUUUACGGAUGAAGCCGUGGUUUCACAAGUACUUUUAAAGUCGGUAGCUAACAUUGGCCAUUUCGUCUUUACGCCCUUGAAAACUUAUCUUAUUAAGCAUGCACCGUCCUCGAAACAAACGAUUAACGGUGAAGAGAUAGGUACGAUGUAUUUAGGGUCCGGGGCCUUUGAAUCUGGACAUGAAGAGGCAAUACACUUUUUGCGACCCAUUUUUUCAGAGGUUACAUUAAAAUAUUUAGCGUUUAUGUUCAUGACUGAUACGGGUACUUUGAUCACAUGUAAACUGAAUGCGAUUUUAAGCAGUUUUGAAGACGAUACGUAUAUGUGGGAUAGUUUCGUCUUUGAAAGAUCUAAUACCGAUAACAAUAUACCAUUAGAACAUUAUUUUUCAGCAUUUUUCGAUGAGAAGCGUUGGAUGCUUGUAUGCCCGAAGGGCUACAUCACAAUGAAUUCAUUCGAAAAUCACAACCAUAGUGUUUUCAUCACGUUUGGUUCUUUGCUUCGUAAAUCAACGCUAUAUGCAGAUUUCACAGGAAACUACAUCCGAUCUCAUAUAUCAUGUGGCUCGUUGCAUAGUGGACAGGGAUUUUUGAGCCUGAAAUCACGAUUAUUUAUGAACAUAUUUGCUGUCACUUCAAAGGAGCCAUUUUUCCAGACAAGAAACGGUGCCCCUCUUCAAGUCUACGCUACAAAGAAAGGUAUUUAUUGGGCAGAUACGGAUAAUUUUAUUUAUAAGGACAAUGAUCGAAUAAGCACAGAGACAAACGUUGAUCUAAUUGUUACUGGAAAGGGAACUUUACUGAAGGACAAAUCUAUCGUUACUUUAGCUUCUAUUGGGAAGGAUGAAGAGUGUAAUUAUGUAUAUGUCACGAAACAAGGCCACCUGAAAUGGAGUCAUCUGGAAAGGUUUUAUCAGAUUCAAAAUUUGCAAAGAGCUUUGACCACUGAAAAUUGUUGUUUAUCUGCCAUCUCUAGAAAUGGUUCUAUUUUGACAGUACUUGUAUUAAAUGAUGAAAUUAUGGUAUUUGAUUCCUGCAACAAAUUGAAAAAUCAAAACAAAACCUUCAAUAUGCUUUCUAAUAUAUCAUCCCUCUUUCUAUAUGAGUCCGCACAUAUAGUUUAUAUUCUCAUAUCCGACAUUGAAGGAAAUCUUUGUGUUAUAGACGCAUCGACAUUGGAAGUUUUAGAAGAAGUGAAAAUUUGUAAGAAGAGGCUACAAUUCUGUGGAGUACCCAACUCGGAUUACGUUCUCAUAUUUACGCCAGAUACUAUAGUUCUUUUCAAGCCAAGUGCUUUAAAGGGGGAAUUUGAUAUACAAGAAGUAUACACUCCAUAUCACAUAAGCCAUUUGGUGCCAGGAAAAAAUGACAGCUCAGUUAUUAUGGUUACUCGUCAAGGCCAAUUUUAUGACGUGACUGUCCCUGGCGAUGUUGGUGAGGCCAUUUUUAGUUCUAAACUUGAACAAGUUCCAAAACCUUGCCUCAAAUUCAUAACUUUGGAAUCUUCAUCGAGGUACAUUUUUGUCGCAGCUCUGCCGAUAGCACAACAAAGGCACGAUAAUUAUUCUGAAAUUUAUGUUUAUGACAUUAAGGAGAUCAAACGCAUCCGUACUUUUAAUUUUUGUAGUGUUGAUAAUGGCACCAAGAGCAUAAAAUAUGAAAACGUUUUGAUAACAGAUAUGAUUGGUGUACCUAUCCUCAAAAGAAAGGAAACAUUAGCCAAAAAGAAAGCUUCCGAGUUAUAUAAGGAAGUGAUUUUCAAUUCAUGCGUUUUGGUGUCUUUGAAUUUAAACCCGGUUGAUGACAUUGAUAGCAAUGAAAUGAACAACUUGAUGUUGUUUUCUUUUGAUGAGAAAUCAGGGACCAUAGAAUAUCUUUUUGGGAUUAACACUGGAUUCUCGGUUACCGGGCUGUACAACUACUAUAAUGGUUGUAUUUUGGCCCAUGGGGAGUCGAUACAGGCAUACCAACUAAAUUAUUCAGUCCAUGAAAAUAAGUUUAGCAUAGAACAUGUAUCAAACAGACUAAACAUCUCUGGUGUUGCAAUAACAUCAUCUAUAUUUUUUGAAGAAGAGAAGGCUAAAAUGGCUAGAAAACAACAAAACAUAAACACUUGGGUGUAUUUGGAAAAAAUGGUCCUACUUGAUGUACGUAAAGGUAUGACCAGAUUUAACAUUACCCACACAACAGAUGGUAACAUUGAAAAGAUACAAUUGCAAGUGCAGCCUCUUAGUCCACUUGGAAGAGAGCUCAUCAAUAGCACUACCGAUCGUGGGAUAAUGUUUACUGGUGUGGCAACUGUAACCUUCAAGGGAAGUAGGUACCUGUUGACUUCGUACGGCAGCCAACGUCUCACCUUGUUUAGUUUUGCAUUUGGUGAUGAUGAUGAUGAUGAAAUAGAUCAAAAUGAGUUCGAUAUCGCUGCACAAGUGACAACCAUUAAUUCUGUGGAAAUCGCUCAUUUCAGUGGAGGCGUAUUUUUAAACAGAGCAACAUUUACACCUUUUUUCUUAGUUACUACCUUAGGCAACGGUUGCUAUGUAAUCGGUUUUCUACACGAAGAAUCGGUUAUUUCAUCGUUUAAACUAUCAGAAGUGGAAGCAGGGUUUACAAGCGUGGAAAACCCAAAAUACUUGGGACUUCUUGACCCUCACAGGGAUGAUCACGAUAUGAUAUCUGAGCGUUAA